AUGCAAAAUGUUGAUAGUUGCACUGAUCCUCGUCGUGCUAUUAAGAAAGUUGUCAUGAAAUCUCUUGGUGAGAGAGAUUAUGCAGCUCAAGAAACAAUGCAUCAUUUGUUGUCAUUGAAACUGCAUAGCUCAUCAUUUAAUGUGAUGCCAGUAAGUUUGAAUGGUUCUCGUAAAGUACGAGAUGUCACCAGUAUUGAAGAAGGUGAAUCCUGUACUGAACACUCGCUCCUUGAUGUGUAUGCUAACCGACAGCAAUAUAGUACUUCAUCUGAAGUACACAAUAUGAACUUCGUUCAGUUUGUUACAACAUACAAAGUUGUUAAUGAAGCAUUGACAAAAUUAUCCCCCAAUGUGAUACCAAGAAUAUUUCCAACAUAUUCUCUGAACCCGAAAGGUCCAAAUUUUGGACUUUAUUGCAAGUACCAACUGUUAAGGUACAAACCCUGGACAGGGACGCCCAAUAAUGCUUGGGGUGAUCAAGAACCAACUGAUGAGGUUCUCAUUAAUUGUUGGCAUGAGUUUUUGCACACAACAUAUGGAAAAACCAAUGUAGCAGACUGGAUUGACAAAUUGCAAAAUGUCAUUCAAAGUCAAGAAGAAGAUCAUGAUGAAACUCCUCAACAACAGGAAGUAACCCAUGAGGAGUGGAUGAUACUAUCUGACCUCAACACUCCUUUUGAAAACUCUGAGGAAACACAGCAGUCAACAUAUGACUGGCAGGCUGAUCGAACCAGUUACACUGAACAACAAAUCCAUGAAAUGGCAACAUGGAUAAAAACAAAGAAAGAGGACUACAGUGUCCCUGAACAAUAUGAGUCAGUAAAUACUGACACUUUUAGUGAAAUGCAAAAUGUUGCAUACAACAUUGUUGAAAAUCAUUUUAAUGACCCAUCAUGUGACAAACAGUCAUUGUGUCUGAUUAUAAACGGUGUUGCAGGUACCGGUAAAAGCUGCCUUAUUAAUGGCAUUCGAAAUCUUUUGCAAGGUAAAUGUGCAGUGACUGCUACAACUGGUAAAGCUGCUUACAACAUUAAUGGUGUAACUGUGCAUUCCUUAUUGAAAUUACCCAUAGGACCAAGGGGUAAGAAUGACCUCAAAGGUGAAAGUCUCUGUAGAUUGCAGGACAGUCUUAAUGACAUUGACUACAUCAUUAUUGAUGAGUAUUCUAUGCUGGGCCAGACCACAUUUGGCUGGAUUGACAAACGUUGCAAGCAGGCAACAGGUCAUUAUGACAAGGUUUUUGGUGGAAAAUCAGUGAUUUUAACUGGUGAUCCAGGUCAGUUACCACCAGUGGCUGACAAGCCCCUGUAUCAUGCCAAACCAUCAAAUGCUGUUGGUGAACAAGGUUACCAAGCAUAUCGAAAUCUCUCUCUAAACGCAUCUCGUGUUCUUGCUAAGCUGCCAAGGUGA